UGGUCCGUGCCCCUAGAUUAGAGAAGUAUACGUGCCGUAGUUUCUAUUUCUGUUUUCUGUUGCACAUACACAUUACAAUUGUAUUAAAUUAAAAACACGUAUACAGAGGUUUCAUAUAGCUACUUAUUGAUUUUAGAAAUAAUCUACAUUUACUUAAAACAUGGAUUUUAUAAGCAAAAUUCCAACGCAUAUGGACUUUGAGGGUCAAGCAAGGGCUGAAAAGUUAUCUCGAAUAAUAAUUACUCUAUUUGGUGCAGUAGGAUUGAUUUGGGGGUACAUCAUUCAGCAAUUUUCACAAACAGUGUAUAUUUUAGGUGCUGGGUUUGUGCUGGCUGCACUUUUAACCAUUCCUCCUUGGCCUAUGUACAGAAGAAAGCCAUUAAAUUGGCAACCGGCUAAGAACGGUGACGGUCAAGGGAAAGAAGGAUCCAAAAAAGGGAAAAAGAAAUAAGUUGUGUUGAUUAUAUUUUCAUACUAAAAUAAAAUGUACCUACCCUUUUUAA